UUGUGGGUCUUAAUGAGUCAUUAAGAAGCCAUCAUGGAAAGCAGCAGCAGCUUUGUGUUGUUGCUGGACCAGCUUCAUUUUGAAACACGGGAAUCUGAGAAAUAAGCUUGUCAUCUCCUGCAAGACCAUGAGGAGGGAAAGGCACCCUGCCAUUUAAUGGGUGUAUUUAUAGGAAGGUCAUCUCACAGGCUGCAUCUGACUCAAAGUCGAAGCCAUCUGGGAAUGUUUCUGUGGGUGACGACCACAUUCCAGGAAGCGUCACAGCAUCCUGCAGUCCUGUGGGAUGGGGAUUGCUUUGGGCUCUCAUUUGGCUCGUGGUAGGUCUGGAAGGAGGAAGCCACAGCCAGAGUUCAGUGUGUCAUGAUGUGACAGCCCUUCUCAACGUUUUAGGACCAGUGGUUAAGCGAACUCUUGGCAUUUCCCCUGGGACACGCCCCUGCUGUCGAGGUGUGGGUUAGAAGAGCUUUUUUACCAUUUUGCUGGUUAAUAAGAUUCUCUAGUUGAGCUCUAGACCUCAUAAAUGGCUUUGCAAAGCAUCAAGAGUGCAGGUGAGAAUGCUUGCAGCAGCAUCCUGUGGGAAGGCUGUUGAGGCAGCGGGUGCUGGGUGUCAUCCCGUGCUGGUGCUGUGGGAAACGAUCUUGCUGCCUGCUCGGGGCUGUUCAGAGAGGGAGAGAGAGAAGGAACUAAACCAAGUGGUGUAGGUUGAUGUCCUCUGUCUCCCAGGGGUCUUGUUUUGUGAGUGAAGAGGAGGACUCUCACCCAUGGAUGUAAACAAUUUUGGGUCUGCUUUCAUGCUUAUUAACACUUGUUGGUAUUGGACUUGGUCUCUGCUGAGAGAUUAUUUACCCUCUGAAGGCUCUGUUGGACUCCUUGUCAGAUCUGUUCUUGGGUGGAGCUUGCAACAGUUUGGGGUAAGUGCUGUGCUCUUCCUGUUCUGACAGCAGGGCUUGGUGCUGCCCUUCUCAAAAGGGCUUGGUGGGGUGUCGGAAAGAAAUAAAUAACUCAGUUCUUGAGGGGAGAAGUGGGAGUUGAGCUUGCAAGCAGAGAGUGCUCCCUGUGUUUCCCAGGGAUGCACCAAGUGGGUGUAGGGUCCUUUUUAUAGGACCAUUUUGCUCUUGCUUUUAAACCAGACGGUCUGUCUGUACAAGCCUGACAGUAAAUAACUCUCCUGAGCGCUGUGGAGAGAUGGGAACCGCAGCUGAGAAAUGAUUUGGGGGAAAGGAAGACAGCAAAGCACAAGCAAACUACUGUGGGAGUACGAAUAGCCCUCUGAAGGAUCGGCAAAGGUACCAGCUAUGGAGUCUGGCUGUAGUCCCAGCAAGGGAGAUUUCUCCUCAGAGAAAACCUGUUAACCAUUUGGAGGGAGUGCACGGGAAGGAGACAGACUUAUUAACAAAAACUCUGCUGCAGGUUUAGUCCCCCAGCAGGGAACAUCUUUGUUGACCUGCAAGACCAUCUCUCCUAGGAAUGGACAACUUCACCAACGGGCAGCCAGGCCCAGGCCAGAGGAACAGGUUCACUGGGUUGCUGGAAACCGAUGACAGCGUCCAGGAGGAUAAACCUGCACCCAGUAGAAAGGAAGAAAGAUCAGGGCCUGGAAAGAAAGGAGAGCCACGACCCCUGGAGACACCUUACCAGAAGGAGAGCAGUGAAUUUGCUCCUAAAAUCAAGGUUAACCUGAAUUAUCGGCCAGGACUCGUCAGCAACCAGAAGGACCCAAAUCGCUUUGACAGGGACCGUCUGUUCAGCGCCGUCACCAGGGGCACCCCCGAGGCACUGGAUGGUUUGCUGGGGUACUUAAGGAGGACCUCCAAAUUUCUCACUGAUUCCGAAUACACAGAUGCAAAGACUGGGAAAACCUGCUUAAUGAAAGCCCUGCUGAACUUAAAAAACGGAAUGAAUGACACAAUCCCAGUCUUGCUGGAAAUAGACCAAAAGACACAGAACCCCAGGCCGCUUGUCAAUGUGUCGUGCUCCGACUGCUACUACAGAGGCCAGACAGCCCUGCACAUUGCCAUAGAGAAAAGGAGCCUGCCUUUAGUGAAGCUGCUGGUAGAGAACGGAGCAGAUGUCCAUGCCAGAGCCUACGGGGAAUUCUUCAGGAAGAAGAAAGAAGGAGUUUACUUUUAUUUUGGUGAACUUCCCCUCUCCUUGGCUGCUUGUACCAACCAGCUUGAUGUGGUGGACUAUCUUCUAAACAAUCCCCACCAGAAAGCCAGGCUUCAGGAGCAGGACACACAGGGCAACACAGUCCUGCAUGCCCUGGUGAUGAUUGCAGAUGACACUGAGGAGAACACCAAGUUUGUGAGCACAACGUACGUUGAGAUCCUGAAGGCAGGUGUGAAGCUCGACCCAGCGUGUAAACUGGAGGAGAUAGUGAAUUAUGAUGGAUUGAACCCUCUGCAGCUCGCUGCCAAGACAGGCAAAGUGGAGAUCUUCAGGCACAUCAUCCAGAGGGAGAUCAAGGACCCCGUGUACCGGCACCUGUCCCGCAAGUUCACCGAGUGGACCUACGGCCCCAUCCACGUGUCCCUCUACGACCUGUCCUCCUUGGACAGCUUCGAGGAGAACUCUGUGCUGGAGAUCCUGGCCUACAGCAGCGACACCCCGAACCGGUACAAGAUGGUGGUUUUGGAGCCACUGAACAAGCUGCUCCAGCAAAAAUGGGAAACUUUUGCUUCCAAGAGGUUCUACUUCAGUUUUGUCUCGUACUUGUCGUUCAUGAUCAUCUUUACAGCCAUCGCCUACUAUCAGCCCUUACGGGUAAAGCCUUCAUUUCCAGUGGAAUUCACGGCUGGAGGCUUCCUGUGGGUGUCUGGACUGAUCAUUAUCUUGUUAGGAGGCAUUUAUCUGAUCUUUGCUCAGAGUCUGUACCUGAGGAGGAGACGCCAGUCCCUGAAGACCAUGUGUUCUGACAGCUGCAUCGAGAUCCUGAUCUUCAUCCAGGCGUUCUCUUUGCUGCUGUCAGCAGUCCUGUAUGGUGCCAGCUCAGAAAACUACGUGGCAGUGAUGGUGUUCUCCCUGCUCUUGGGGUGGGUGAACACCCUGUACUACACCCGGGGCUUCCAGCGCACUGGGAUCUACAGUGUCAUGAUCCAGAAGACCAUCAUGAGGGACCUGCUGCGUUUCCUCUUGGUGUACAUGAUCUUCCUCUUCGGCUUCGCUGCAGCUCUGGUUACUCUGAUGGGCGACGCUCCCUCGGUGUCCCACAACAAGUCCCUGGCUCACCUGGAGAGCGGUGGGAGCCACGCCAUGUACGGGGGGCUGCUCAGCGUCUCCCUGGAGCUCUUCAAGAUCACCAUUGGGAUGGGCGACCUGGAUUUCCAGGAGCAUGUCAGGUUCAGAUAUUUUGUCAUGCUCCUGCUGCUGCUCUUUGUGAUCCUCACUUACAUCCUGCUGCUCAACAUGCUGAUCGCCCUCAUGAGCGAGACGGUCACGGACAUUUCUGGGUACAGCAAGAGUGUCUGGAAGCUGCAGAGGGCUAUUGCUAUUCUAGAAAUAGAGAAGGCCUGGCUGUGGCGCCAGGGUGGGAAGAGGAGAUCUGGCUGCUUCAUGUCAGUGGGGCUCAAUAAGAAAGAUGAGAGGUGGUGUUUCAGAGUAGAGGAAAUUAAAUGGGCAGACUGGGCAAAGGAUGUGGGAGUUCUGAAGGAAGACCCUGGAAACACCAGUGAUUCAGAAAUAAAUCCAGAAGAGACAAGAUCGUGGAAACGGCCACCACAGAAACCUCCGAGAUCAGAGGAGCAGUCACCCCUGCAGCCCCAGCCAUCAGCAACAGAGAUGAUGCCUCUGCAGGGACAAACCAGAGAUCUUUAACAGGUUUUCUGAGUUGCAACCUUGCUCCCAUCUCCAAAGGAGUAGUUCUUCCUGUAGCAGCUGGAAGAAUUGAAGGCAUUAUCAGUAUUAAAGUGCAUUUUGUCAAGGACUGUGGUUCAGCCUGUGGCUUUAAGUACUUUUGUGCACUUUAAUCAUUCAUUUCCUUUGAAGAAACUAUUUUUACUCAACUUUCUCUGCCUGACACUUUCUUACUACUAUGUCUAAAGAUCCAAGAGCGACCCCUGGGGCAGCGGGGAGUGGUCUCUGGGAAGGCAGUGCUCCCUGAGCUGUACAGGAAUAAUGCUGAUGGAGCAACCUAGAAAAGAGUGGCUCAACUUAUUCUUUGGUCACAAGAGACUGCACUCAAGUGCUUUGGAAUAAAAAAAUGCUGUAGAGUCAUAAAAA